AUCAUAAAUCAGGACAGCGGCACCGAUUGAAACACGAGGACCAAAGUAUGGUAGAGUUGAGAUUACUGACAACAGCCUUAGCAUGCAGUGUGUGUGAGACUGGUUCGUAUUGCCUAUUUACCAGGGUCCAGCUGUGAGAUGUCUGAAGAUCACACGACCUGAGGAGAUAAAGGCUUUCUUAUUACUAAAGCCUUCAAAGACUCCUUAACAAUCGGCCUGAAGCCGCAGAUACAGAGCAAAUCUUGUGGUGGUUGCCCAUAGGUGUUUCUGCAUGAAGACCAAAUGAUUUUUCUCUGUAAACUGGUGAAUCAGUGAUCAAUUAUGAAAGAGGACUCCAAAGAGGAAAGGCCAACAACAGAUGGGGAACAAACGAACGAGCCAAGCCAAGAAACUGCUGUGGAAACCUUGGAAACUGAUACAUCCGCUGUCAAUGGCGAGCACACUGUGAAUGAAGAGAACGAUGAAGGGGAAAAGGGAGAGGACUCAACCGUUACUCAGGUGCAGGACUUUGAUGCAAAAGAUGCUGAGGAUUCUAAUGCAGAACACGCUGUAGAUGGAAAUAAAAAUGAGGCAGAUGAUAUGACCACCAAGGAAUCAAAUGAUAUCAAUGCAAAUGACAAUGAGAAAUUGAAUGGUGAUGUUGAAAACAUACCUGAGCAAGAGAACAAUGAAGAACAUGGUAAGGUUGAGAAGGAGCCUUCUAUUCCAAUCCUUGACCAGGCUGAAUAUGUGGAUGCCCCUGAAGCUGUGGAUGAAAUGAAGUCAGAUGUGGCAGAACUUCCUCAAAGGGAAAGACGAUUAACGGCCUAUGAAAGGCUGUCAAAUGAUCUCUCGGGAGAUCAAAAAGUGCUCAAGGAAAUCACACUGGGAAAACGAAUAGGAUUUUAUAGAAUACGAGGGGAAUUAGGCAGUGGAAAUUUCUCCCAAGUGAAAAUGGGAAUACAUGCUCUAACCAAAGAAAAAGUGGCUGUGAAGAUAUUGGACAAAACAAAAUUAGACCAAAAAACACAGCGUCUUCUGUCUCGGGAAAUUGGUAGCAUGGACAAAAUGCACCAUCCAAAUAUCAUUCGUCUGUACGAAGUCGUGGAGACGUUAGCGAAGCUGCACAUCGUGAUGGAGUAUGCCGGUGGUGGAGAACUUUUCAACAAAAUAACCAAUGAAGGAAAGAUUGUCGAGUCCGAGGCAAAAAUUGUCUAUGCUCAAGUUAUAGCUGCUCUGGAACAUAUGCAUGAAAAGAACAUCAUCCACAGGGAUCUCAAGGCAGAAAAUGUGUUCUAUGCUGGGCCACGUUUUGUGAAGGUCGGAGACUUUGGCUUUAGUACGACGUGCCGCCCUGACCAAACUCUGAACACUUUCUGUGGCUCCCCGCCUUACGCCGCCCCAGAGUUGUUUAAGGACGAGCAUUACUACGGCGCCUUUGUGGACAUCUGGGCCAUGGGAAUUAUGCUCUACUUCAUGGUCUGUGGCGUGAUGCCAUUCCGUGCUGAGACAGUGUCCAAGCUGAAAAAGUGCAUUCUAGAAGGGAGCUUUGUCAUUCCCCCAUUUGUGUCAGACAGUUGUCAGUUUCUUAUUCGAGGAAUACUGAAGCCGAUUCCCCAUGACAGGUUCACCCUGUCAGAAAUACGGCGCAGUGAUUGGCUGGAGGGUCAGGAAUUCCCUGAGGCCCUUCCGCCGUACAACAUGAACCCUAGUGAAGCAGGGGUGGAGCUGACGGAGGAGGAGUUAGAAACACGAGCGAUUCUCCACGACCUGGGUAUAAAGGAGGAGCACAUCAUUCAGUGCCAUGGGAAAGAUUCCCGUAGCUCAAUUAAUGGCACGUACAGAAUUGUCUUGCACAAAGUGCAGAGGAAACGAUCAGGUCGGGUGAUCGACCCCGGUCCAGAGUUCGAAGCAGAGAAAGCAGAGGACAGCAAGAACAGCAAAACCCAACGCAACAACAAAAAGUCAUCCAAAUUCUGUGUGAUACUGUAGUGCUCCUCCAAUAGUAGGCUCAGUGACUUGUUAUUCCACGUUGGACAUACAGCAACAUUGUGAUAUUUCUUUAUAUAGUUGGUAAAAAAUUUAUUUUUACAAAAACAAUAAAUCCACAGCCGUCCUUUCUGAGUGUAAAAGUAUAUCAUUAUGAGUGUUUUACUGACUGUUAUGCUGGUAUGCAUGUGGGGAUAUUAUUGGCACAAGUAAGUAUUGUCUCCAUUGGGCUAGUCUGAGUAGUCUCAUUUGGUCAUCAAAAUAUUUAUGCUUUAUACAGUUUUCUUUUUAUUUGUACAAGCUGUUUUUAUUCACUUCGUCCUCCUUAUCCAUACUCUCUUUUUGUUUCUGUCUUGUUUAAGAUAAAUUAUUUUGCCUGACACAGUAUUUCCGUUGUACAUAGUGUAUUAAGUGGUACACAUGGUUUAAUGAGUCCUUCAUAUUCCUCAUAAUGCGAUUAUUUUUUUUUUUCCAUUUUUUUCUUACAUAAUUAAUAUCCCUUUGUGAAAGCUUAAAAUUAUGUAUUACAAAGUGACUAAUUUUAUCACAUGAUUUGUUUCCCCAAAGUUGAUUAUUGUUAAUGUUUAUUGUUUUUAUAUCUUUUUUUAUGUUUGCCUUCUUAAACAUAUGAAUUUAUGGGAGCCUGAUUUUACCCUUGCUCAUGGUUUAUGAAAUACAGUCAGCUGGAUCUGACUUUAAAAUGUAUGUUGCCCUGAAAAAUUGUUGGAUCCAUAGAGAUCACCGAAGAACUUAAUACAGGGCUAAGAAGACAUUUGUUUUAAAGUCAAUAGAUAAAUUAUAUAAAUUCAAAAUUUGGUUUUAGUCAAAGGGUUAUAUGUGUGUGUGUGUGUUGAAGAAGGAGUGGGAGGGCACAGGGGCAGUGGAUUGAC